CGUCAGACCUGGAGGAGGUCCAACAGAACGCCAGCGCGCCGGUUCAACACAAGAGAACCAACGGAGACGAGAGAUUCAGGAGGAACACCAGCCACCCCUCAGCUGGAAGAGAUGGAUUCACCCUGUGUGUCAAUCAGUCGGAGGAUGCGGGGGUCAAAGCCCAAGCGACAGGUCAAAGGUCAGCUGGCGGAGGCAGGGCUCAGCGUGGGGGGAUUCCUGUGCGGGCUCCUCCUGGCGUCGCUCUACGGCUGCGCCGCCCUUCUCCUCCAGGGGGGGGCGCUGUGGUUCUGUGUCUACAGCACCGCCGCCAUAGCGCUGUUAGCCUCCUUCUCCAUGGGGCUGUCUGCUAGCACCCGGGCUAACGUGAUGCUAAUGCUACCCACACUGCUCUCAGUCAGGGGUAGGAUGGUGCUGGUUUCCUUCGUCCUGCUGCUGCUGCUCAGCGGGCCGCUGGCCAACAUCCUGCUCAACUUCGAGCGGGCAGCCGACAGCCUGGUGUGUGGGGCGGAGCUAGCCCAGAACCACACCCAGGAAGUGAUGAAGCGCUCGGCCGCGCCCCUAAUGCCGGUCCUUCAGAGCAUCAGAGAGCUGACGAGUAACGCUCGCUCCGUCGCAGGACGAGUUAACCACUUCAUCACGGCGCUCACCGACAACACGCGUCACAUGGCUCGGACCCUGAGGAACGUGCUCCACUUCCUGGUGGACAUCGGUGACGUGUGCAACGACCGGAUGGGCCGGCCGUACAGGAAGUGCAUCGCGCUGUUCGACACCGCGCGCGCCGACUGCUCCCGCCUCCUGGGCGACUUCAACUUCCUGUGUGACAUCGUGGAAGGGUUCCGCCCCCUCUGCGGGCUGGCGCGCGCCGGUCAGAUGUUCUGCGUCAUCCCCGCCUACGUCGGCGAGCACCUGAAGAAACGCCUCGCUGCCCCGGCGGUGGGGGCGUUCGCGCGGCUGAAGGCGGAGUUUGAGUUCAGCGUGAGUGCGGACGUGACCUUUGACCUGGAGGUGAACGGCAGCCAAUCGGUGCAGCGGGCCGCCCAGGACCUGCUGAGGGGCGUCGCCCUGGAGGUGGGCCGGCUCCGGGGGUGGGGCCAGCUGCUCACCUACCUGGGGGUCCUGGUGCUGGCCCUGGCCUACCUCAAGGCAGCGAGGUACCGACAGCAGUAUCUUCAUCAGGAUGAAUUUGAUAACGCCUUCAUCACGGAGCAGUUUGAGGAGGAGGACGAGCGGAGGGCGAGCGAGGGCAGGGCCUCUGUGCUCCCCCUCCAGCGGAGGGAGGGGGGGCUCUACACCUCCUCAGUGUGGGGGUGUCUGACCCCCCAGGAGCGCCGGGGGUCCGCGCUGCGCCUCCUCUCCUCCCUCCGCCACGCGGCCCCCGGGGGCCUCCUGCUGCUGCUGGACCUGCUGGUGUCCUGGGGCCUGCACCUCCUCCUGGAGCUGGGGGCGGGGGGGCUGACCGCCCGGGCUCCGGUCCUGGUGGGUGUGGAGGUGAUGGGGGAGGGAUACGCGGCGGACAUCUUUAGAGACGUGGUGGCCUCCUUCAACGUCCUGCAGACAGCAAACAUCACCGUGCUGAGCAGGAAGUGCCUGGUGAAGCCCUCCGCCCCCAACUACUCCAGCUACCUCCUGAUUGGCGUUCUGUAUGGUCUCUCCAUGCUGCUCACUGUGACAGGAAGUUACUUCCAACGCUUCAGGCGACUCAUCUGUGCUUAUUACCACCCUGAACGGGAACAGGACCGGAUCCUCUUCCUCCACACACACAUCCUGGAGCAGAGGAGGAUUCUGGGAAACGCGCUGCGGAGCUCGGUAACCAGGGCAACGGACGACAGAGGAGGAGGAGGAGGAGGAGGAGCCAAGGAACAGCUUCUCUCCCUCAUACUCCGGGUACCGGGUGCAGCUCACCUGUCCAGGAGGCUGGGGGGGCCCGCCUCCACCUGCCUCACCUGCCUGGAGAAGGGGGCGGGGCCAGAUAUGGUCACCUGCCCCUCACUGCAAUGCAAAGCUCAGUACUGCCAGCUCUGCUCCGGGACGCUAGGAAGCAUCUGUGUGCUGUGCUCGCCCCCGCCGACCUCGCCACCGCCCCCGGAGGACGAGAGAGACUCCAGCGAUGAAGAGUUCUGGGAGCAAAGGAUGAGGCCAGACUGCGGCGUCACCAUGGAGACCGGACCGACCAACCUGGGGACCACACUGGAGACCACAGAGUCCACCCUGGGAUGCUCUUCGUCUUCCUACGGCAGCUGUAGUAUCACCAACAUGCCCUGUGAUGCCCAGAGCAGGGAUCCAGAUGGAUCCAGUUGGGAUCACUCCGGCAGCGACCUCUCCUUCCAGUCCGUCCUCCAGGAGUCCCCUCCUAGGUCCUCUCCUAGGACCUCUCCUAGGUCCUCCCCCGGCCCCCCCAGACCAGAACCGGUCUGAUGGGUCGAUCCAGGACCGCCCUGAACCAGUCCAAACCAGAAUAAAACAGACUCAGCUGACCUGGUGGUGGUGUUUCAUGAGGAGCCAGUGACCGCACAAUGUCUACCACGUUGUGUACAUGUUGUGUACAUGUUGUGUACCGCUACGUGCAUGUUGUGCCCUGCUUUGUUCAAGUUAGCUUUAGUGACAUACUGGUUUCAUACUGGCCCCUGGGUCCGACCUGUCCAUAAAGCACACAUGCACACAUGCACCUACACAGACACACACACACACACACACACAAACACACACACACACACACACACACACACACACACACACACACACACACACACACACACACACACACACACACACACACACACACACACACACACACACACACACACACACGUACCUGCAUAUUGUUUCUACCCCGGUGGGAUGUUGAAGGGUUUGACUUAUAUCCUCUGCUUAAAAUCAGACGCCAACAGAAUACAAUCUAGGGUUCUGUUAGAAUCGACCCAAAACAAAGAAGUCAUUCAUUGUUUAGGGUUGAAUCGACCACACCUUGUGCUACUGUCUACCUGUUCAGGUAGAACUAGAAGGUAUCCCCCUCGUUCAUGAAGGAGCAGUGAACGACCAAUGAGCGAGGGGGGGCGUGGUCUAUUCGGCGCUGAGGGCACAGAUCGAAGCAGCGUGUCGUUCACUGAUCAGGAGAAUGGGUGGAUUUCAGAGUUUGUGGGGGGAGCUGUUUAGUUUGAUCGGGUCACUGAUAUAAACCCCUUGUCCUAAACACGAUAAUGUCAACUUGAUAAAUAAUGAUAAAUAAAAAAGAAGUUAUAUAAAAAGUUAUAAUUGAAUAGGCUACAGUGAUAUUUGUCUGUAUUGGAUGAAGAACAUUUUCUCUUUGUUUGGCCGUUGAGAAAAGGGCGUGGCACGGUGGAUAUCAGCAGCAGAAUCUGAUA